AUAACUUGCUCUGUCUCUGAAAUGACUAAAAAAAACCCCAGUAAUGUGCCAUCUUAAAAGGUUCCUACCAACUUACAGGCUUCAUUUCACUUUGCUUUGUGGUUUUAUAAAGGUUCUUGUCAUUGAACUUUUCUUCAUUUGUUAAAUUCAGAGAAUACCAGCAUGAAAAGCCUGAGCAAAGCGGAACAAAAAGCUCAGUGGUAUUACCAGGCUUGUAUGAACGAGAGCAAAAUUGAAGAGCUUGGGGCAAAACCACUUCAGGAUCUCAUCAAUCGGACAGGAGGUUGGGGCUUGAAAGACCCGUGGGAUAAAGAUAACUUCCAGGAGGUUUUACGGAUUGUGUCAGCCAGCUUCCGAACCUCCCCCUUUUUCACUGUUUUUGUCAGCACAGACUCAAAAAGCUCCAACAGCAACAUCAUCCAGGUGGAUCAGUCAGGAUUGGGACUUCCCUCUAGGGAAUACUAUCUCAAUAAGACAGCCAAUGAAAAGUAUUUAAAAGCAUACUUGAACUUCUUGGUGGAGCUCGGAAUCCUUUUGGGCGGCUCAGAGGAGACCUCUCAGAAGAUGAUGCAGGAGAUCAUAGACUUUGAAACAGCCCUGGCACACAUCACAGUCCCUCAGGAAGAGCGCCGUGACGAGAUGAAAAUUUACCAUAAAAUUCAAGCCAAAGAGUUAGCUACAUUGGCUCCUGCGGUAGAUUGGAUGCCUUUCCUCUCUGCAGUGUUCACCCCUGUUGCCCUAAAUGACUCUGAACCCGUGGUUGUGUACGCUAAAGAAUACCUCCAGAAAGUUUCAGAGCUCAUCAGCAACACCAACAAGAGUGUCUUGAAUAACUACAUGAUCAUGAAAGUGGUGUGGAAAAUGGUGUCCAUCUUAGACCAGAGGUUCCAAGAUGCAGAGCAGCGCUUCCUUGAAGUCAUGUACGGCACCAAAAAGAGCUGCACGCCACGCUGGAAACUUUGCGUCAGCGACACGGACAGCGCUCUGGGCUUUGCUCUCGGGGCGCUCUUUGUCAAAGCUACUUUUUCUGAAGACAGCAAAGCUUUUGUUGAAGAUAUGGUCUCUGAGAUCAAAUGGGCCUUUGAAGACAGCCUGAAGACUGUCGGCUGGAUGGAUCCCAAGACAAAAAAAGCAGCUAAAGAAAAGGCAGAUGCAAUAUACAACAUGGUUGGUUAUCCAAAAUUUAUUAUGAAACCCAAAGAGCUGGACAUGGUGUUUAAUGACUUUGAUGUUGUUUCAGAUCUUUACUUUCAAAACGUCAUGAAUUAUUACAACUUCUCUGCACGAGUCACUUCUAACCAGCUGAGAAAAGCCCCCAACAGAGAUCAAUGGAGUAUGACUCCACCUACAGUUAAUGCCUACUACAACCCCACAAAGAAUGAGAUGGUACUUCCAGCAGGCAUUCUCCAGGCUCCCUUUUAUAACCAUGCUUGGCCAAAAGCAAUGAAUUUCGGUGGUAUAGGUGUGGUUAUGGGGCAUGAGCUCACCCAUGCCUUUGAUGAUCAAGGAAGAGAGUAUGAUAAGGAUGGGAAUUUGCGUCAGUGGUGGCAAAAUUCUUCAUUGGAGGCUUUUAAACACCAGACCCAGUGUAUGGUGGAGCAGUACAGCAACUACAGUAUAAAUAAAGAACCUCUGAAUGGGAAACACACUUUGGGAGAAAAUAUUGCUGACAACGGAGGCCUGAGGGCAGCUUAUAAGGCCUAUAUAAACUGGAUUGAGAAGAGUGGUGAGGAAGCCACUCUGCCUGCCCUUGGAAUGACCAAUCAUCAGCUGUUUUUUGUGGGAUUUGCUCAGGUGUGGUGCUCAGUUCGGACACCUGAAAGCUCUCACGAGGGCGUUAUUACUGACCCCCACAGUCCGUCACGUUUCCGGGUCAUUGGCACUAUCUCCAAUUCCCAUGAGUUCUCUGCGCACUUUGGCUGCAAGGCAGACUCACCCAUGAACCCCAAGCGGAAGUGUGAGCUGUGGUGACAGUGACUCUUACAUGGGGGACUGAACCUGGAGCUGUUAUCGCUCAAAAAAAUCCCAAACAUCCAUCUCAGGUUGCCUAAUCUAGACUGCCAAAAAGCUGGAGGAUUUAUAGUGGACUAUACAUUUUCCAGCUAUUAUUUGCCUCUUAAUGGGGAAUUGGUAUAAAUAGUGACUCCAUGGAAGUCUAUAUAAUGGAGUUGUAUUCUUACAUUCAAAACACUGGAAGUUAGUGGUUAAAUGUAAUGAGAGAAGGACUUGUCCUUUCUGCAAAUACAUUUUCUUUUGAAUAUGUGCCUUUUUAGCAAAUGCUUUUAUUUUUCUAUUAGAAAAUAAUAUUUAUGUUCUCUGUAUUACAUUGUUGGUGGGAUUUUUAGUUUUAGUUUUUGGUCUGUAAUGUUUGGCAAUUCUUUGGCAAAUUCUUUACAUUGUUAAAUAACUUUGCUCACAUUUUGAUACAUGGUGAAGUUUUAUAUAAGACUGUUUCAUCACAUCAUGUUUGUUUGAAAAAUAAUUUGAUUUUAUUAUCCAUCUCACAAUGUCAUUUAAUGUCAAAUGAAGAAUAUAUAUAUGUGAGCAGUAUGCACACUUCUACUGGAUUUGCUGUCGUUAGACCACUAUUCAAGAAAGUGCCUUUAAAACUAUGCAAAUACUUGCAGGGAAAAUAUUUGUAUUUCACUCUAAAACUGAGGUGCAUAGGCUCAGAUCACUGAGGCCUACAAUAAAUCAGUUCCAAAAAGCAUGACAAAACCUGUGCUAAUUGAAAGAAAACAAGUUGACAAAAAGAAUGAAUUCAAGCUUUGGUGAUAAUACAGCAUAAUGAGA